AUGUUUAGCCGUCUGAACUCAGUCACUCGUCACCUCGCGAGUUCGCACCGCGCAAUGUCUUCUGCGAGCACCAAACGACCCCUUCUGCUCUACACUGCGGGCACACCAAACGGGCGCAAGGUCUCGAUAAUGCUUGAGGAGCUCAAGGCUACGUAUGGCAUCGAUUACGACGUGCACAGCAUCGACAUCUCGACGAACGAGCAGAAGGAGCCGUGGUUUAUCAAGCUGAAUCCGAACGGACGCAUACCGGUGCUCGUCGACAGGCAGCGAGCGGAUUUCUCCGUCUUCGAGACUGCCGCGAUACUGCUGUACCUCGAGCAGCACUAUGACACGGCCCAGAAGUUUGGAUUUGACCCAGCUGCGCAGCCGAAUGAUUACAGUGAGAUGCUGCAGUGGAUGUUCUUUACCCAUGGAGGGAUAGGCCCUAUGCAGGGACAAGCAAACCACUUCAUUCGCUUUGCGCCAGAAGAUAUACCUUACGCAAAGAAGCGGUACCUUGAUGAGACAAAACGUCUCUACAAUGUCCUCAACAUCCGUCUCACCGACCGUGACUGGCUUGCAGGUCCCGAACGUGGCGUAUAUAGCAUCGCGGACAUGAACGCAUUCCCUUGGGUGAACGGUUAUUCAUUCUGCGGGAUCGAGUCGCUUGACGAAUGGCCGAACGUCAAGGCUUGGAUUGCACGAAACUUGGAGAGACCAGGUGUGAGAGCAGGGAUCGCGGUACCCUAG